CCAACGUUCGUCGUGUCUUCACUGCUAGAUGACACUCCCCAUUUUACAUACCACAUGGCGACCGUGCCAAGUGGCCGGAGCCUGGGCCUAUUGGCCGGAACAAAAGUGAAACAGAAGUGAAGAAUUUAAUAAACUAAACGAGUGCAAAUAACUGAUUUAAACCCAAAAGAAACCUUUACGUUAUAAGUUAAAUGGGCAGUAACAGUGUAUGCAUGGGUGAUUAUGCGAAGCCAGUUUUACGACCUAAGGAAGCUUUUUCCGGAUAUGUGAAUGAUCAUCGGAUAUCAACUAUCUGUUACGGUUUAUCGACGGAAAAGAACAAAAACAUUGAGUGUUAUAACGAGCGCUAAGUGAGAAGAGACAUCUCCAGUCAGGCGGUGAAUCGGUAGUGAUUUUUUCAACACCAUCUGAAAUGACCUCAACUUUUGCAUCGGUUUAUUAGGUGUGUCAAGUGUCGUGUUGGCAGCUGCAGCUUCACUGUCUUAAAGUGAAAUAAAAAUAAAUGUCAGUGCCCGUGCUGCGAUGACCAAAGCAUUGAAAAACUACCGGAUAGCACCGUAGCGACAGCUGCAGAAAGAUUGCGUCCGAAAAAGAAGUUUAUUCCGAAUAUCUAUUGAGUUUGGAAAAUGAAAAGACGCGGUAAGCCGCAGAAUUUCCAGCUUCGUGUGUCUGAUUUACAACAGCUACUCAUUAAAUGCGUUUUAAUAUCCGUUCGUCAUAAUAUAUCGGCUCUAAAGUUUAAAGUGAGGGAGUUUCAUAAAAAGCUCAGGAAGAAAACGAAGCAUUAGUGAUUGCAACCGAAAAAUCAGCAGCCCCCCAGCCAAUCUGCGGCGCAUACUUUGCUGCCCUCACCAACUAAUCAACACUUCUGAUGUACAGUUAAUUUCUCGAGCGACACCCAGCAUGUACCUACAACAAUAUGCACACAUUUUGCACAGCAUUGCAAAACGAUAACAAUGUACUGCAACGUUGCUGAAACCUCCACAGUGGACCUACCUACUUAUUUGAUUGAUGCAACGGAUAAACACCGGACGUCUAGCGAGCUAUAAAAUAAGUAUGAUGUUGUAAAAUAAUACAUAUUGUUAUUACUUUUAGUUACCUACAUGGCAUCGAGGAAGAUUUAUUGAACAAAUAACGAAACGUAAAAAGUGAGAUGGGUAAUGAAAAUCUACCACUUAAAUAUGGGAUUACAUCUCAGGAACGGGCAAUUGAGUUUAAAUAUAACGAAAUUGAUACCAUCAGUUUUUUAUUGUAUGUUCACAGUCCUGAAGAAUUGCCGCAUUCUUUAAUGCCGAGCUAUCGUCUCCGUAAAUCUGGGGUAUACAUGCAUUAUUCUUUUAAUACAGUCGAAGUAUUUAAUUAUCCCGACAUCGAGAAAAAAACCAUUUUUCAGAGGGAAUGUCGGUAUCCGUUUGAAAACAUCGAUCCAUUCUCAGCAUAUAGUUUUACUAACUGCUUUUUUCAUAAAAGAAUACAACUAGAAUUGAAAAUAUGUAACUGCACACUUCCCACUUCACCAAUAUACUAUAAAGCAAAAUACUGCGAUCUAACUGGAUUAAUUUGCGUGUCGCAAGCAAACGUCUUAUCCCAAACAAAAGCAUACCUCUUUGAAGAGAAAGAACCCUGUAUACAAUCCUGCUUUGAAAUGGAAAUCAACAUAAUAGGCGAGAAUACUAUAAUCAUGAAGGACAACAAUGUAGGAUUCCUACGCGUUGAAGUGAUGGAUAUUCCUUCCACACGUUAUGAGAGGCGAGUUUCGCACACAGAUCUCGAUUUUAUUGUUUCGCUUGGUGGUGUUGGCGGACUUUUUUUCGGGAUCUCAUUGCUAACAGUGUUUGAAUUCAUUUGGUUUUGGUUCCAUAGGUGAAGCAUGAAUGUGUUCAAAACUCAACUUAAAU